UGUAUCCCCGGGUUGGAGGGAAGGUAGGCUAGGGCUUGACGGUAGCAGUGGGUAUACUGGGGACGGGGCCCUCAGAGGUCCUGGUCUCCACCUCCUCGGCUGGAGAAGGCCACCCUCUCCAUCAGCGUGCAUUCCUGAUCUCCAGAUGGGGAAGUGGUCCUACUUGAUGGGGGGGAGGUGAGGUUACUAGAAUCCCAUAUUGCUUGGACUGGGCAGCCUCAGGCUGGUUGAAAUGUUUAGGGUGACUUGGCUGAUGCAGAGGGAUUGAUGGUGAAGACCCUGACGACAGGGGUGUGAGGGGGACUCCCCGCAUUCAGCCCUUGUCAUGCCUAUGGGGUCUGUGAUGGGCUCAAGGUGUUGGGUUAGACACAAGGCUCCGUUUGGUGUCCAUCUAGGAGGCUGUACAAGGAGGCAAGGAGGUGUGCGAACACACUGGUGCUGGAGAGCAGGGGCCUGCGGGCGGGUACGCAGGGCCUGAGCAGCAAAGGAGAAGCCCCGGGGAGCCACUGAGGCAGCGGGGAGGUCCACAGGCAGGCGUGGCAGGGUGUGGGGACCUGCAUGAGAGCCGCUUUUCUGGACACAUGGCUCCUUCCAUCCUCUGAAAAUGGGAGGUGACCCCACUGCAGAGAGAGGGGUGAGGGGCGGGCCCUGCAGGAGCUUUGCAGUGCUGGCCUGAGUGGGCCUGGGGCCCUGGGCCCUUCCCGAAGGGUCUGGCUGCUUUCCCUCAGUGGUUGCUAUCCAAAGGGUAGCAGUGAAUAGGGCCGCUCUUCUCUGUCCCUAGAAUUGAGAUGAGCCCACCCUCCUGCCCUGUCAGAGAUCCACAGACGCUCGCUCCUAUUUGCUGUGUCUUCUUUCGAAGAGAGAGGGGGCCCAGUGGUCCUGGAGAGACCCCUGGUUCUGCUAGUUGUUGUGGGGUCCUGUGGUAGCAGGUGCACGCUGCCCCUUCACAGCUGGACUUUAUUCUUUCUCUCGGGGGAGGGGAAGCUGACAGGAGCCACGGGGCAGGAGGAUCACAGCGCAGCCAGGCUGUUCUGCCUGUCCUGUCCCAGGAGGCUUUAUCUAGAAAGGCCUCUGGGUGGCUUGGCCGGCAACCCUCUCCCUCUCCCUUUCCUCUUCCCAGCAGCAUCAAGGUGGGACUGGGAAGGGCUUGGUCAGAGGACUGAGAGGGAUUUCUCGGAAUUCUCCACUUUCAGACUCUUCACCAGGAGGGAGAAGGGUGGGGGUGGGGUGCCUUUCAACCCCCUCCGUGUUCUGAUCAAAAUCCAAAUAUUGUCUCUAGAACUAGGGGCUGCAACUUUGUGUCCUUGUCACUGGGAGCCUGGAUACCUUCGCUGUCUGCUCUGAAUCGCCUAGACUGAACGCUGCUGGGGGCGGCGGGGGAGGGGGGCAAUCAGCUUCGGUCUUGUUCCUCGCGGGCCCAGCCCACCCUCUGGGAGGGAGGGCAGAUGGGAGGACAGGUGGGGUGGAGAGUACCAGGAGGCCAGGCUUGUGGAAGGUGGUGGGUGCCUGGACCCCCGGGAUGCACGCUGCCUGCCUGGGCUGGUGGGGUGAAGGCUGAGCCGGGGCCAGGAUGAAGGAUGGGCCGAAGUCACCUGGUCCCAGCUGACUUGUGGGUUUUGACCGCUAGUCUUUGCCCCCCAGUGGUUGGGAGGCGGGGAAGCCGGUGUGAGACACAUGGCAGGGUGGGGAAGGAAGGGGCCGGGCUGUUUAUAGGGAAACAGAGCAGACUGCUUUUGGAUUCUCCAGGGUCAGCUGGAGGGGGUGAUGGUUGGUGGUGCUCAAAGGUGGCCCCACCCUCUGGGGCUUUACAAAUCCCAGAGUAGUGAGUUGCCCAAUAGCUGGACUUUAGAUGAAUCCAUCUCGUGUUCUUUGUCUCAGGCUUUGCUGUCCCCUCAGGGGAUGCCUUGGAGGAGUGGAGGGCGGCUGGGAAGAAUGCUGUUUCAGGCCCUGGGUGAGGGGCCGCUCCCCCAGGUCACUAGCAGGAGGCCAUGCUGGCAGGGAGUCCCAGACAGCUCCUGGGUGAAGGCGCAGCUCUCUGAGAUGGAUCACAUCCUCCUCGGUGCCGAUGGGGAACUUGAAUACAGAAAGUUGUCAGCUGUCGGGGAAGGAAGGGUAGGGCAGCUGACCGGGGACCAUGGCAAGUGAGGACACUCACCCUGCUUUCCGUGGUGGUGAGUGGGGAGAGGGUCUGAUGGUGGCAAGAGAGGGAGUCGGGUAGCGUGCGGACUACCCCCAUCCUCAGAGCACUCUCUCCCUCCCAACCUCUGACCUCUCCGAGGCCAGGUGACGGGUCUGGCCUCAUCUGGUCCCUUUCUCAGAGGGCUUUCCCAGGGAGCUCUGGGCACCACCCCCGGUGACACCUGGAGCUCUCCCGAGCAGUGCCAGCCCUAGACCUUCAGGACAGCAGCUGCUGCUGGUCUGCACAGGGAGGGGCUCCCCAUGUUCUGGCUGGCAGCUUCUUGGCUCUGGGAUGUCCCCCGAGGACUCUGGCCCCUCGGUUACUCAGCUACUAGAGUGGCAGGAGCCUGGGGCACAAGGGAAAAUCCUUGGGUCUAGCAGUUCUUUCUCUCCUGGCCCACCUGAGAAAGUGCAGCUUCUUGGCCAAAGGCUCGUGGGUUUUGCUGGCUUCCUAGACCUUGCCGGGGGUGGAUAAGUGUGAGCCUCUUCGGCAGCUGCAGGCCAGAGGCCGGGCUGACCUGGCAAAGAGCUGGGCUUUGGAGUUCCAGCUUUGGGGCUAGAGGAUAAAGUGGGGUGAGAAGUAAGGGAACUCUGUAACUUCAGGCAGAACCCACAAACCACCUCACGCCUACCUGGACAAAGAAACCUGCUGCUUUAUUUUGGCGCCUGGGGAGGCGGGCAGUGCGGUCUCCUCUGGAAGGCAUCUCCGGUGCCUCUGUGGCCAAUCUUGGCAAAGAAAGAAUGCUCUAGACCAGCGUUUGUCAAACUCUGGCCCAUACGCUAAACGCAGCCUGCUGCUUGUUUGUGUCAAUAAAGUUUUAUUGGAUCAAAGCCAUGCUCACUUGUUUACAUAUUGUCUAAGGCUGCUUUCAUGCUACAAUGGCAGAGACCAUAUGUCCAGCAAAGCCUAAAAUACCUACUACUCUCCGGUUGUUUACAAAAGUAAGUUUACUGAUCCUUGCUCUAGACUUCUAAAGAUCUGGUCUCCCGUUUCUGGUCCCUAAGUUCAGGGAGGCUCCCUGGACGGAGGGGAUGAUGGGCAGUGCCAUGAAAACCAAAUGAGGAAACCAGGGGAGGUAAAUAAAUAUCUAGGAUGGAUGGGCACCGCCCCCCCCCCCCGGCCCCCUAGAAGCUCCAAGGCCUGCCUAGCACAAGUGAGAGCAGAGCUGGUUCUCUGAUCCUCUGACCUUCUCCCUUCUCUGGCCGGUGCUGCUUUAGCUCUCCCACAACAUGGCCAACAAGGGUCCUUCCUACGGCAUGAGCCGUGAAGUACAAUCCAAAAUUGAGAAGAAGUAUGACGAGGACCUGGAGGAGCGGCUCGUGGAGUGGAUCAUAGUGCAGUGUGGCCCCGAUGUGGGGCGCCCGGACCGCGGGCGCCUGGGCUUCCAGGUCUGGCUGAAGAAUGGCAUGAUUCUGAGCAAGCUGGUGAACAGCCUGUACCCUGAUGGCUCCAAGCCAGUGAAGGUGCCCGAGAACCCUCCUUCCAUGGUCUUCAAGCAGAUGGAGCAGGUGGCUCAGUUCCUGAAGGCAGCUGAGGACUACGGGGUCACCAAGACUGACAUGUUCCAGACUGUUGACCUCUUUGAAGGUAAAGAUCUGGCAGCGGUGCAGAGGACCCUGAUGGCCCUGGGCAGCUUGGCGGUGACCAAGAAUGAUGGGUACUACCGUGGAGACCCCAACUGGUUUAUGAAGAAAGCCCAGGAGCAUAAGAGGGAGUUCACAGAGAGCCAACUGCAGGAGGGCAAGCAUGUCAUUGGCCUACAGAUGGGCAGCAACAGAGGGGCCUCCCAGGCUGGCAUGACAGGCUACGGACGGCCUCGGCAGAUCAUCAGUUAGAGGGAGAGGGCCAGCCCCCGGCCCUGCCCUUCCCCAGCUCGUCGGCCGCAGCUACCCUGCCUAGCCAGCCUCACCCACACCUGUGUAGUUCCUUCAGCCCCGGCCAAGCUUCAAGGCUCCGUCACUGAGCAAAGGUGACUGCACUUGGGCAGCUCUCCCCACCCCUCAGCCUCAGCCCAACUUCUUACCCCAAAGCACCACUCCCCUAACCCUCCUCCCAGCUCCCCUACCGUCUCCCACCAUCUUUCCCCAUCCUGGGCCGGGCAGGGGCGGGGGACGUGGGCUGGGGGUAGCUGGGCAGGGGGCAAGUCCACCAUCCUCCUUGGCAGCAGAUGCCCACUGAAGGAAACCCAGCCCAACCUCCCCCCAUUUUUUUGCUGGAAUAUUUUGGGGGUUGAAAUUCAGAAAAGAAACAAAUAUAUACAUCAAUCUUUUCUCAGGCCUGGCUGGCAGAGUUUGAUUUGCCCUAGUCACUUCUGGUUGCAGGAGGUAUGAGCAGGCAAGAGGCAGGGAACAUUUACGGGUGUUCCUGGACGCCAGCUGUGAAGGACCCCUCGAAUUCUAGGAUCCCAGGGGGGGUCAGCUUCCUUCAGAGGCCCAGGCAGAGGAAGGAGGAGAGUGGAUCUCAGGAACCGGGGACCGAAGGCCAAGGGGAGCGACUUGGCAACUUUCAUGAGCUCUGGGAGGCAAAUGAAAGGGGAUGGGGAGCAGCAGAGUUGCGUGGAAGGUUUUUAUUUUGGAAAAGCUGUGCAGAAAAACAUUCAACCAAAUGUUGCUGUGAAAAGAGAAACCCAAAUCUUAAG